AUGCUCUUUCUCUUUCUGCAGAAGUACACUACUAGUAUGGAUUUUGUACGGAAAUUUGAACGACAGUGUGGCUCCCAGGCCAGCGUGAAACGGUUAAGAUCUCAUCCCUCUUACCACAGCUUUAACAACAAAUGGAAUUUGCCUGUAUAUUUUCAAAUAAGAUUCAGAGAAAUAGCAGGGGCCUUAGAAGAAGCACUUUCAGAUACACUAGAGGAAGCACCAGCUGGCAGCUCAUACUGUCUUUUGGCCACUCACAUGGUCUGGAUGAGUCUUCUGAAGUGCUGGUCAGAUCAAAUGUUUUUACCAUUAUUAGCACACCGUCUGUGGAAACUUAGUCUGCAAAUUUUGGCACGCUACUCUGUGUUCAUUGGUGAGGUUUCUGUAAGGCCCAUUUCCAGUGAGAAUAUGAAGGAGGGCAAAAAAUCUGUGCCAGUUGGUAGAAAGGAAUCUUCUAUAAGCCUCAACCCUAGUGAGGACCAAGGGAACGGAUCUUCUCUAGAAAGUCAGCCAUUGCCUUCUAUAUCUAGUACUCAGUUGAUAUAUGUUGCUGCAGAUCUGGACAAACUCCAGGAUCAGAUUCCUGACAUCUUAGAAGUGAUUAAACCAAAACUUGAAAUGAUUGGCUUCAAGAACAUAUCUUGUAUUGCAGGAGCCUUGGAAGACUCAAAGACUGCUUUAUCAGCCUGUGUGCCUACCUUGAAUAACAGGAUUAUCCAGGACCUCAGUGAGUCCUCCUUCGCUUACCUGAAGAGUGCACUGGAAGUUCCAAGACUAUAUAGGAGAACCAAUAAGGAGGUGCCAACUAAAGCUUCACCUUAUGUUGACAGUGCUCUUAAGCCCUUCUACCGACUGCAGAACGAAUACAAGGAUAUAUUGAAGCAGCCCAUGAUUCAUCAGUGGUUGGAAGGUGCCCUCUCUGAAAGCACACAGAAGUAUUAUGAAACUGUAUCUGAUGUGCUAAGUUCUGUUAAGAAAAUGGAAGAGAGCCUAAAAAGGUUGAAGCAAGCCAGAAGAACUGCAACUUCAAACCCUGUUGGUACAAAUGGGGGCAUGAGUGAUGACAACAAAAUCCGACUGCAGCUGGCCCUAGACGUUGAGUAUUUUGGAGAACAAAUACGAAAGAUGGGACUGGAAACAAGCAGCAUAAAAAGCUUUUCAGCCCUUACAGAGCUGGUUCUAAGUGCCAAGGAUCAGGCUACAGUGGAACAAUCCUAGAUAUUUUUGAAAGCAUGUGAUUGAAGAUAAACAAUGUCCCUAAAAGAAAGAGUGAGAAUUUAACUCUUUUUUAUUUUACCAAAUAAGUAGCAAUGAAGUGCUUCCUAAUGUAUCUCGAGCAACGAAUCAGUGUAUCUUCUGUCAAGAUAGGCUUGUUUCACGAAAAGACUGAGAAUUUACCAUAGUUUUCCAUUAUAUGGAAAGCAAUCAAAAAUUCUACUGUAGAAUAAAAGUGGAAGAAAAUGGUUUUUUAUUUUUGUUGUACAUCUUAAAAUGUAGAAGAAUGAACUUACAUGAUGAAAAUAAUGUGUAAUAAAUUGUCUUCCUAA